AUUAACCGUUCUCAGAGUAGUUUCAUUUUACUUUGACAAUUCGAUAACAGCAGAUUAAUUUAAUUUUUCGCUCUGUGAAAUCAGCUGACUAUAAUCGACGAUUGCGUAUGAAAAUAGAGCAGGGCUAGGCAAAUCAGGAAAAUUUUCUUUCAGUUGAAGUUGUGAUAAAAAUUAUAUAUUGUCCAAUAAACAUUGAUCAAAUUACAUUAUACGAUUUUAAUUUAAGUAUUGUAUAACUGUUUGGUAUACCGGAAAAAAUAUAUACGUAACAAAAUGGUCUCUUAUUUUGUACCGCGUGGGCGCUUUCUUAUUAAAGCAAGUAGCUUACGGCAAUCGGCUCAUUUUAAGCAAGUUCAACAACAACAAGAAAAUGGAAAAUGGCCUAUGUUGCGUCACUUUCGUCAAACAUUUUCAACAAAGAGCACAACACCCUCCGACACAAAGAAACAACCUAAUAUAAAAUCUGUUGUACAAUCCAACAACACGUUGAGUAAAACUGGAAACAAAUACAAUAAACAGAGACUUGUAAGUCAUAGUGCUUGGACGAAGUGGACAGGUUUUCUUCUGAGAUGGACACCUGUUGGUAUAUGUCUGUUUGGUGUUAUAGACUGGCAGCUCCAUAAACAAAAAAGUGAACGUGAAAGCUUACCUCGUACUGCCUCGUCUUUUCAAUCAAAAGUAUAUUGCUCAUUGCCAUUACGAAUAAUAAGUCGAUGUUGGGGUUGGUUAGCGGCGUGCUAUGUACCUGUUUCUUUGCGACCAUACAUAUAUGGUUGGUAUUCAAAUGCAUUCGGUGUAAAUAUGGAAGAGGCUUUAUACCCAGAUUACAAAUACUACAAUAGUUUAGCGGCAUUUUUUACUCGACCGCUGAGAGAAGGGGUGCGUCCCAUUGAUAACAGAGCAGCUAUUGUUUCGCCUGCAGAUGGGCGUGUGUUACACUUUGGGUCAGCGCAAAACAAAUUGAUAGAAGAAGUGAAGGGUGUUAAUUACAGUGUAUCAUCAUUCUUAGGACCAGUUACAUGGCAUAAACGACUAAAUGGGAAUUUUGAGGAAGAAUUAAAAGAGAUCAACGAUGGCUCAACAGAACUAUUUCAAUGCGUAAUUUACCUGGCUCCUGGUGACUAUCACCGUUUUCACUCACCUGCUGAAUGGCAACCGAAGUUGAGGCGUCAUUUUGUAGGCGAAUUAUUAUCUGUUAAUCCUCGAAUUGUAAAUUGGCUGCCUGACUUAUUUUGCUUAAACGAACGCGCUGUAUACAUGGGCAAAUGGGAACAUGGUUUCUUCAGUUACGCAGCUGUGGGUGCCACCAAUGUAGGAUCCGUACAAAUAUAUAUGGAUGACGAUUUGAAAACAAAUCGUUGGAUGGGAUUGCAAUUAGGUGCUCAUAAGGAUCGGCACAUAUACGAUGAAAUUGAGUUAUCAAAUAAGACCCACUUCGGACGUGGUGAAAUGCUGGGGCAAUUCAAUAUGGGUAGCACAAUUGUUCUACUUUUUGAAGCACCUAAGAACUUUAAAUUCACCAUUAAAACUGGUCAGAAAGUAAAAGUUGGUGAAUCUCUGGGUGUUUUAGAGUAAUUGAGUCCAGGAGCCACGAAAAGUGGCGUUCAGCCGAACAGCUUCUUGGAAUAAAGAAAGUACAUUGUAUAUGCACAAGUUACGGCAAAGAAUCGCGAAAACGUUGGAAUGUUUGAGAUGAUAAUCGUGUCAGUGAUUAAUUGUGAUUAGCUUGCAACCUUAAAAGCGUUAUCGAAAUUAAAAUUGGUAUUUGCUGUUUUAUAUAAAAUUUGUUCCAGU